AUGAAAUUCAUCUCUUGUAUUCUGGUCCUGGCGGCAGUGAGCUGUGCUUUGGCUCACGAACAUCGCCAAAAUCAACGAAAUCGUGAUCAUAACGAUGAAAGAGUUGUCAGAACCCAUGAAGUCCGCGGCAAAGGAAAUUCAAGAAUUGUUCACGAUUCAGUUCAACGAGUACGUAACUCAAGAAGUCGUGAUGGCUCUUCUUCUGCCGGGGCUGCUGGAGUUCAAGGUCUAGUAUCAAAAAAUAACGGAGGCACAGUCGGACUCGUUCAAGGAGGUGGGGCUGCUGCUCAAUCUAAAGGCGGCUCUUCUCAGGCUGGGGCUGCCGGAAUCCAAGGGAUAGUUUCGAAAAAUGGCGGACGAACCGUAGAAGCAGUCCAGGCAGGUGGAGCUGCUGCUCAGUCUAGAGGUCGCAGAGGAUCUUCUAGAGCUGGGGCUGCCGGAGUUCAAGGUCUCGUAUCCAAAAAUAACGGAGGCACAGUCGGGCUCGUUCAAGGAGGUGGGGCUGCUGCUCAAUCCAAAGGUCGCAGAGGAUCUUCUCAAGCCGGAGCCGCUGGAGUUCAAGGAAUAGUUUCGAAAAAUGGUGGACGCACCGUAGAAGCAGUCCAGGCUGGUGGAGCUGCUGCUCAGUCCAGAGGUCGUAGAGGAUCUUCUCAAGCUGGAGCCGCUGGAAUUCAAGGAAUAGUUUCGAAAAAUAAUGGACGCACGGUUGGACUUGUUCAAGGAGGUGGAGCUGCUGCUCAGUCUAAAGGUCGCGGUGGAUCGUCUCAAGCUGGAGCCGCUGGAGCUCAAGGGAUAGUUUCGAAAAAUAACGGAGGUACUGUGAAAGCAGCUCAGAUCGGUGGAGCUGGUGCAUCAUCAAAUGGUCGGGGAGGUUCUUCCGUUGCUGGUGCUGGCGGAGUUCAAGAAAUUGUAUCCAAAAAUAACAGAGGUGACACCGUGAAAGCAGCUCAAAUCGGUGGAGCUGGAGCUUCUUCAAAUGGUCGGGGAGGUUCCGUCGCUGGUGCUGGUGGAGUUCAAGAAAUAGUGGCUCAAAACAGUAAAGGGGAUACCGUGAAAGCAGCCCAAAUCGGUGGAGCUGGAGCUUCAUCGAAUGGUCGUGGAGGUUCUUCCGUUGCUGGUGCCGGUGGAGUUCAAGAGAUAGUGUCUCAAAAUAAUAGAGGUGAUACCGUGAAAGCAACUCAAAUCGGUGGAGCUGGAGCUGCAUCAAAUGGUCAAGGUUCUUCUGGAGCUGGCGCUGCAGGAGCCCAAGGAAUAGUGUCCAAGAAUAAUGGACGUACUGUGAAAGCAGUUCAAGUGGGCGGAGCCGGUGCUCAAUCCAACAAUUAA